AAUAACAUUUUAAAACAUGUUGACUUAAAAAUUUUAGACACUAUUUAGCAGUGUCUUUUGUACGCAUUUAUUUUAUCUUUGUAAUAUUUAAUUUCGUUUUAUUUAAUUUAGAAUCGUGUGAUGUGAAAUCUGUGUGGGUGAUAAUGCAGAUUAGUCAUUUAUCUGAAGACGGGAGCGGGGCCGGCGAAAAAUACUGUAACAUUGAACAUACAAAUACCGUGGUGCAAAGAGAUUUGGUGACACUUUACGAAAAUGUUGACACAAAACAGACUACCAAUAACAAAAAUUCAGUUCGUCCUCCGAACCAGUACGUGGAGACCGUGGUGUAUGAAGACCAGGAGUCGGAAGGCAGCGAAAGUGAUUUCUACACCAAUGAAGACUUUUACGACGUUGUGUUAAUUAACAAAGAGAGAAUAGACCUAAUUAAUAGCUUCCCAUCUUUAGAUAAAACGUUGUGUCAAAAAUUUGGUAAUAUAGCCAUCCAGGCGGAUCACGGAUCAGAUUGUACUGAUGGUAUUUUGUUUAAAAACCCUUUUAGAAAGGAACAAUUCAAUUCUCUAAACAGAAUGUUAAGUUUUGGUACAUUCGACGGCGCAUUUUUUUCGACGUCCCUUUUAGAUUUUGUCUGCUGCAAUAAUCUAGAUGACAAUUCUAAUUUGUACAUGGAUAAUAUCAUUCAGUACGCCAGACGUACGAUUGAACAACUGAGACGUAUCAGCAAUGGAGACUAUUUGACAGAAAAGGCUAAAGAGAAAUGGAAAACUUUGGGGAACAAAUAUGACGAACGAAAAAACAAUGAAGUUGUAAAGGUAGCUAGUGUGAGUAGUAACCCUUUGCGUAUCGAAUGCAACGUUGACGCUUUCAAGACGAGAUGGCGCGACUUCAUACAUUCGGAGUUAGACAUCAGAUCGUUAUCGAAGAUACUUGAGAAGAGAAUCAUUAAAAUUCCAAGACUCAUUUACGGUUCGUUCACAUUUCUCGACAAACGAUGCGAAAAUAAUUUGGUAAUAACGUGUCAGAAGGAAAGUGAGCAGGCAGCGAGAGACGACGGCAGUAAGUCACAAAUUGACAUAGUUGUGCAACUCAAAUCGUCUAACACUGACAAUGUUGGGAGCGAAAUUGAAUCUGUUCUGGUCAUACGAAAAAGUUUACUGAGCAUAAAAGAUGAAUCGUGGCUGCCAUUGGAAUUUAAUUCAAUAAAAUCUGAAACAAACAUCAACAAUAGUGUACAAAACCAAUUAACUCUCACAGAGUUUAAUGAAUGCAAAGAAGAUAGUAAUGUGCGUACUUUUGCCAAAAGAGAUGACAAUUCGACAGAUUUUGCUUUUCAAUGUGGUUCAACCAAAAGUUCGGAACUCUCACUUUGCGAUAUAACCUCGCUAUUCACGAUGGCUACAAAUGACGGGACUUCAAAUUACUCCAGCGAAAAACAUUGCAACAACGAUCAGGUAAACAUUGAAACACAAAUAUCUUGUUUCCGACCUGCGGCGGACGAUCUGUUCGCGACAAUACAGAAGCUGGGCACGCAGACGGUCGUGCUUGAGGAAACCGAGGAGACGUCCUUAACGAAAAAGAAGUCACCGACAAUAGUCAGAGUAAAGUCGCCAUACGAAAAUAAAUCACAUAUUCUUGAGGAAAAGAAACGGCGAAAACUUUUGGAAAUAAGAGAGAGGAGGGAGAAAAAGAAAAAAUCCCUCACUGAAAACUGUAAAGUGACAAAGCAUAAGCACGGGAAGGCCGUCAUGGCGCAGUCCUCUAACUCUGUAACGAAGCUAUCGAUAACUAAUAAAUCCUUUUAUACUUCUAUUUACGGUGAUAAAACGAGCGUCACUGGCACCCAUUCCCUCAAAAAUUCUCACAUCGAACCAUUGGACAAUGAUGAUGACAACGAUGAUUAUUCAGUGAAAGAUGUAACUAUUUUGAAAAAAGAAAAUCAUGUUGGUUACGGUUACUGUAUGGACGACCCUGAAACAGCAGUUAUGAAUUUGAAAUGUAAAAACAGACAUAAUACGAAACAGGGUAAACCACCGAAUUCUUCAAACUCAACUACAAAUUUUGAAACAUUUGUUGCUUCCUACAAUUCGUCAAGAUCGGAGCUAAAGCCACAAAGUGAACCUUGUAAUAGUGAGAAACGAGCGUGGAGCUGCUGUUCUGAAAUGUUGAACAACUCGCCGCGCGAGAACAUCGACACAAACAUAAAUAAUAAUUCCAAUAAGAAAUCCCUAACUUCAAUGGAAUGUAAGAAAAGUAUUGAUAAAAUUUAUGAGUUAAUGAGAAAAUUGAGUAAAGUAGACUCCUCGGAAUCUAUGUACUCUUCACAUAAAGUUACACCAGCUGAUACGAGCUUCAACGAUUCUGCCAAGGACAAAAAAGUAAAAAUCAUCAAUACUGACAGCUGCGCCAGUAUGAAAUGUCAGCUAAUCGAAUCCAAUCCUAGCAUUUUCAGCUUCGAAGAAAAAAAUAAUGAUGCCCUUUACUCGGACAAAAGUAGCAAAAAAUCUGGGCUCGAAGCUAAUAGCAUUACUAAAGUUAUAAUCAGUUCUAAGCCCCAUAUUAGAGCUGAGAAGAACGAAACUAAACCGCACAAAAGGGUCAGAAUACAUAGUCCUGAAAAUAUUUCAAAGAAUCCUCUAAAAGCUAUUUCACACUUGAUCAAUGAAUUCGACAAUAUUCAAAAAGGUAGACAAAGACCAGCACCGGAACCGAGGGAGUCUAAGAAAACAAAUAAUUUUGUCGAGACAAAAGCUUUACAUCGAUUUAAUUUGCCUAAGAAAAUAACACGUGGUGAAAAUGAAAAUAAAGAAGGCAAAUUAAUCCCGAAUAAAAAUAUAUUUAACAAUGACACAAAAAAUCAAUAUAGAAAUCCUAUGGUUCGAGGAAAGUCAUUAACUGAACCUAUUGGUAAUAUGAGUAAGAUAGUUGAAAGGGAGAAAAAAGUAGUCGACAUAGUCGAUGAAGCCUUGAGGGAGGCGCGGGGGGAGGCAGUCAAAGGUCCUCCCAGACAAUUUACGAGACUGGACAGCUUGGCCCAGCCGAAGAAAUCCUACGUAAACGCUCAAAUGGAGGCUAUGAAACCUAGAUAUGGGAGAAAUUAUGUCCCUGGACCUCCAGCACAAGUUCCACAAGCGCCAAGACCCGUAAGACAAAGGAGAAACGAACAAGAAAUUAUAUAUGUAACAAGAUCCAAAACAGCGAAUAAUAUAGCACCUAAAGUUACAGACAAGUAUAAAAGAGUACGACGUAUGCCAAACAACGGGACAAUAGAGAUCGUUGUGCCUCAGGUGCCUGCGCCGACUCACAAGCAAAGGCUUGUCCCCGAGGCUCCUCGUACGUCAAAGAAGAUGAUACCAUUUGAGUAUUAUCAAAAAAAGCGGCCAUUCACAUUGUCUGAAUCAGUAACAUCAAACAAUUUACUGCAAAAUUCCUCAGUAGCGAUCGAUUUCCCUGUAUACAAAAUUCUUCAACAAACCAAAGAUGCUCCGAGUAGUGUGGCAACGACGUCUAGUUUUGAGGACGAUUCAACAGAAGAUAAUAAACUUCAAUACGAUCCGUUACAAAAUGAAGUUGCGGUAUCCCUUUCGGUUAUAAACGAGUCCAAAACAACAAUGUCUUCUAAUGAAAAGAGAAAUAAUUUUCCCGAAACUUUGGCCUCUAACGAUGAGCUCGUAUCCAUAUGUUCAGAUUUUAUUAUUGAUGUGUUUGAAGAUAAAAAUAUCCUAACAGCAGUUUCCAAUAUUACUAAAAACCCAGAAGGUAAUGAUGUUUAUAAGAAAGAAAGUAAUAAUGAAAUUCAAGCGAUUUAUUCCGAUACAAAUAUACCGCACAACGGAAUUGUUCGGCGAAUCGAUAGCUUGGAAAAGGCGUUGUACAACCAAAUAUCGCAAGGGACAUUUCCGAAGCGUUUGAAAAUUAAAAAAUUAACUUUAACACCUAAACAAUCUACGAAUCAAGUGUUACUAUUGCAAUGUGGUGAUGCUCAUUCUAUGAUUGAGAAUUCUCAUAUAUCAAAGAAAAUACACUUUGGAAGAAAUAAAAGUAUUACAAGCUUGAUUAAUAUGCCUUUGUUUGAUUCAAUUCAAGAUCGAUAUUUCGCAAAGCGUCCUGUUAACAUAACAACGGUGGGAUACGUCUUCACUAAGCCAAAAUCCAUUGAAAUUAAAUCAAUCGAAAAUAGUGUUACUGCAAGCAGUAGAUGUAUGGGUGUACAAACAUAUGUAUGUCCUAAUAAUGUAAAAAUUGAAGAAUAUUCCAAUGAUGAGAAAGGCGUACAAACUUUACAAAUAAAUGGUGAUGUUUCUAAUAAUUUAAACAAAACUUUUAAAAUAGAAAAAGUUGAUAAGAGUACGGACCUUACAAAAUCCCACCUUAAUUUAAAAAAAAUUAGAGAAAACGAAAAAGGAAUGGCAAAAACCGAAAACAUUGAUAACACGACUUCGUUAGAUAUUUUAGUUGAAUUGUUGGAUGAAAUUGAAAAGAUCACAAAAGAUCAAAAUCUCAACGCUUCUAAAGAACAUGAUAUGGAAUUACAUAAACCUUACAAGUUACUAUCAAAAUCGCAUGAACAUAAACCUGAUAAAAAUAUCUGUGAUACGAAUAACGUCGAUUUAAAUAGUAAUAUAACAAAAAAAAUUAACAAAACUGCAUUAAAUAGUGUUGACAAAGAAGUUGCGGUAAAUAUAACCAAAGAAUGUGUUAAUAAAUGUACAGAAAGCCCUCAAUCACUUCUUGCAAACUUUAAUGAAAUGGGGACAAAUUCACAUUCAGCAAAUGUUACGAAUCUAAAUAGAGAAUGCAUUGACUUGGUUACGAAUGCAGACUCUCAAAUUUCUACAAAUAAAAACCCCCCGAAUUCUGUAACUGGAAUUGUAAGUCAACCGUCUAGUAAUUCUCUUAUAUCUCUAUAUGAUUAUCGAUCCUAUUGUUUAAGAAAAUUUAAAGUAACUCCGAUUCACAAUUAUGAUGAAUGUAAUAAUUUCAUCGAAAAACACAAAACUUUAGAGAAAAAUGAAUUAAAAGGUACCGGAAAAUAUGAAAUAAUACAUGUGAAGAAUAGUGCUCAAAGAAAGAAUGAAGGAGUUCGCAAGGAUCAGAAAGAAUGUGAUAUUCUUAAAAUGAAAAGAGAUAUUUUAGUAACUGUUUAUUCCAUUUUGGUGUUUACUGUUUUCGCUGCCUUGUCUUUUCCGGAGUUUAUAUACCGUUCUUAA